GGUAGAGAAACGUCAUUGUGUUUUGGUCGUGGCAGUGCAUUUUUUCUUCCGAUUGUUUUCCUCCUUUUUCCACCUAAUUUGCGGUAUUUAUCAUGUGCCAGCAAACUCAAUCGAUCGGGCAGUGUCUGAUGCGUUGAUUUAGUGGAAAAAGUGCGUGAAAAAGUCCGGGAAGAUGUCGAUUUACGAGCUGUACGUGAAGGGUGCACGUGUUUGGAUACCGAAUCAGGAGAAUGUCUGGCAGGGAGCAAAGCUCCUUCGGGACUUCAAUCGUGGUGACAACUGCGUCAUCCUUGAAGCAGAUGGGGAGACAACGGAGCGCAAGGUACCCAUCAAGGACGACAAGGAUCUUCCACCACUGCGCAAUCCACCCAUUCUCAUUGGGCAGAGCGAUCUGACGGCACUGUCAUACCUCCACGAGCCAGAUGUGCUGUACAACCUUCAGGUGCGCUUCUGCGAACGCCAGAAGAUCUACACAUACUGCGGUAUCAUCCUCGUGGCCAUAAAUCCGUACAAAGAGGUCGCCCUGUAUGGGCAGGAUCUCAUCCGGGCGUACCGGGGGCAUUCGCUCGGAGAGCUUGAGCCCCACAUCUUUGCCAUCGCCGAGGAGGCCUACACGAAAUUGGAACGUGAGAACUGCAAUCAGAGUAUAAUAGUGAGUGGCGAAUCUGGUGCGGGAAAGACGGUAUCAGCCAAAUAUGCCAUGAGAUAUUUUGCAGCUGUAGGCGGAAGUGAAUCCGAGACGCAGAUUGAGAGAAAAGUUCUCGCCAGUAGCCCCAUUAUGGAGGCGAUUGGGAAUGCUAAAACCACCCGCAAUGACAACAGUUCGCGCUUUGGGAAAUUCACAAAGCUCCUCUUUACGAACGACAUUGGUGGGAGGUCCCUCAUGGGGGCCACGAUGCAGACGUACCUUCUCGAGAAAUCCCGUGUUGUUUUCCAAGCAUCUGGCGAGAGGAAUUACCACAUCUUCUAUCAGCUUUGUGCAGCGAGGGAAAAGUGGCCAGAACUUAUGCUUGACCAUCAGGACAAUUUUGUGUACUUAAACCAGGGCGCAUCGCCGGACAUUGCAAGAGUUUCGGAUUUUGAUCAAUUUUCCGAGACAAUCGGUGCCCUGCAAACGCUUGGAUUCCGUCAGACCGAAGUGAAUGAUGUGAUGAAGAUCCUAGCUGGAAUCCUCCAUCUGGGCAAUGUAAAGUUCCUCCCAAAAUAUCUCCCGGAUUCCCAGGAGAUUGACAACGAGGGAUGUUCCACGGCGAAAGAUGAUCUUCAUUUGGGCAUCCUCAGUGAGCUUCUUCAGCUGAAUUUCGGGGAACUCCGAAAGUGGUUGACAAUGCGUCAAAUUGAGUCUGUUAAUGAACUCGUAGAAAUUCCAAUAAAUCGUGAAGCAGCUGAAGCUGCCAGAGAUGCCCUAGCGAAGCAUAUCUACGCCAAACUCUUUCAGUAUAUUGUGGAGGUGAUCAAUAAGAGUCUCGUGAGUGAUGCAAAAGAUCACAGUUUUAUUGGGGUGCUGGAUAUUUAUGGUUUUGAGACAUUCGAUGUGAAUUCCUUUGAACAAUUCUGCAUUAAUUAUGCCAACGAGAAGCUCCAGCAGCAAUUCAAUCAGCACGUAUUCAAGCUUGAGCAGGAGGAGUACCUAAAGGAAGGUAUCACGUGGGAAAUGAUUGAUUUCUACGACAAUCAGCCAUGUAUUGAUUUGAUUGAAUCAAAGCUGGGUAUUCUGGAUCUUCUGGAUGAGGAGUGCAAGAUGCCUCGAGGUAGUGAUGAAUCCUGGGUGGGGAAGUUAACUGAGAAGUGUGCCAAGUACAAGCAUUUCGGGAAGAUGCGUUUUGGAUCAGCUGGAUUCGUCGUGGAGCACUUCUCAGAUCGCGUUGAGUACACAGCUCAUGGAUUUCUUGAGAAGAAUCGUGACACAGUAUCCAAGGAGCUUGUAAAUGUCUUUAGGGAGUCCCAAAUGAGUCUGUGCCAUCAUCUAAUGGACUUGGAAGGAGAUCCAGAGAAGAAACCCACUCAGGCGGGAACCAGGGUAGUCGUCAGUGCUUCCCGGAUUCAGCAAGGAGAAGCCAGGAAAAGACUAACACCAUCGAAGCAGCAUAAACAGACGGUAGGAUCGCAAUUUAGGGAAAGUCUGGCCCUCCUGAUAAGCACACUACAUUCAACGACACCUCACUACGUCAGGUGCAUCAAGCCUAAUGAGGACAAGAAGGCAUUCAAUUGGGAACCAUCAAAGAUUGUUCAGCAACUCCGAGCAUGUGGUGUCCUGGAGACAGUUCGUAUCUCCGCAGCUGGUUUCCCAUCGCGAUGGACCUAUGAGGAUUUCUAUGCACGCUACCGUCUCCUGGGGAAGCGUGUGGAGCUCGUUGAUUGGAAUAUCCAGGCAACAUGUACGAAUAUCGUAAAGACGUGGAUACAGGAUAAGGAUCAGUACCGCUACGGCAAGACGCAGAUCUUCUUCCGAGCUGGCCAGGUGGCCUUCUUGGAGCAGACUCGUUCAGAUGUGCGCAGGAAGUACAUCAUCAAAGUUCAGUCGUACGUUCGACGAUUCAUCUACCGUAGUCACUAUGUGAAGAUUAAGCGGUCAAUCCUGCUCAUUCAGACCUACUCCCGGGGCUACUUGGCGCGCGUGAAAGCAGAAGGAAUCCGCCGGGAGAGGGCUGCCAUUAAAAUUCAACGAUAUGCACGUGGAUGGAUGUGCAGGAGGAAGUUCCUGCGCCUCAGACGAAUUGCUCUGGGUCUGCAGACAUACAGUCGUGGAUGGCUUGCCAGGCAGCGCUUCCGCAUCCAAUUGGACAACUUCAAAGCAACGGAGAUUCAGAGGAUUUGCCGUGGCUAUUUGGCCAGGAAGCGUUUUGCCAUCAAACGUCGUGGUAUUGUUCUCUGCCAGGCAGCUAUUAGGGCUUUCCUGGCAAGACGCCUGUACAGACGCAUGAAGGCAGAAGCGAGAACAGUGGCACACAUUCAGAUGCGCUACAAAGGGCUUGAGAAUAAGAUUAUUUCAAUGCAGCAGCGUAUGGAUGAGAUUAACAAGGAGAAUGUGGGAUUGAAAGCAAAAGUUGCCGAGAUUCCGGAACUAAAGCAACGUGUGGAUGUCAUGAGGGGGAUGGAGGGAGAGAUUAAGGCCCUCCGGGCAGCUCUGGUGGAGAAGGAAGCAGCCCUGGAGGUGGCAAAGAAGGAGUUAGACACGGAGAGGGAUGAGAAAAUGGCCAUUGUUGAGGAGAAAGCAGCCGAGGAGGCGAAAUGGAAUGAACAACGAGCUUCGUGGCGACGUGAGAAUGAGGAAUUGAAGCAGCAGGUGCAGGAAAUGGUGGAGAUUGCCCGACGAGAGGAUUCCUUCACGCAUCGUGCGCGCUUGUUGUCCGAAGUGGAUACACAUGAAGUGCAUCAGGCGUACCAGAAGACAGUCAAAGAUAAGGAUACGCUGGAAUCGGAGAACUACCUCCUGAAGGAAGAGAUAAAUCGUCUGCAGCGUCUCAUUGAGAAUCCCAACUUCUAUCAAUCCCACUCACGUUCCGUAAGUAAUGCAUCGAGUCAGAAUGAGGAGGAUUUUGGGUAUAUUUCCGGGAAGAAUACGCUGGAGAUCCGGAAGGAGGGCAUCCCAAAGCGCGAUCUGAAGCACACAGAGACAGCCAUGACACCAACAACGGGGAAUUCACCGACAGCACUAAUCUUGCGCUUGCGGAAGCUGGUUGAGGAAGAGAAGCGUCGUGGGGAGAUGCUGCAGCAGAAGGUGGCACGGUUGGAGAGUAAGAAUAGCAAGGCACCAGCUUCAACGGAGGAUUCCAUAAAGAUCACCGAGCUGGAGAUGGAGAAUGAGAAGCUACGACAGGAUUAUCAGCUUCUGCGGAAUAGUAUUACACGUGGGGUGGAGCAGAAGGAGAUGGAGGCUCAGUACGAUGCGCUGCAGGAGGAGUUGAAGCGUCGACGGGAUGAGUGUGUGCAGUUGAAGGUUGUACUGGCGGAACAGAGUCAAUCCCUGAGGACACUCGGUGGGACAGCCAUGAGGAAUGGCACGGAUCGCGUGCAGGAUGGGAAUGAGCUCUUUGAAGCCUUCCAGGCACAGAAGCUGGUCAAUAGGCAGCUUGAAUCCGAACUGACGGCCCUCACGGAGGAGAAUAAUGCAAAGUUGGGUGAGUUGACGCAGCAGAAUGAAGAUUUGAGGAAUGAAAGGAACAAAUUGCAAGCCAUUGUGGAGGAAGCUCUAGCAGGUGGGGAUGUCAAUGAUGCCCAGAGUGUGGUCUUCCUCAAGCAUGAACUUGAGCGAGCAAUGGUGGACUAUGUGGAGCAUAAAGAGCGCAUAAAUGACAUGACAAAGAAGGUAACAGAUCUCGUGCGUAUCAAUGCAAUUCUCAGUGCGAGGCUACGAGAGAAUGGGAUUAGUGAUUCCCUGGAUCUGGCGGAGGAUACGCAGGAGAAUUUGGUUUCAGUCCGGAGGAAGGCUCAAGUUUAUCAGGGAAUCUUCAAGUAUCGCCCUGAGGAUGAAGGGAAAAUCAUUCAGAGGUUGACGGCGGAUUUCAGUCCUCGCACGGGUAUUACUCUCCUCCCAGGAUUACCAGCCUACAUCAUCCUCAUGUGUAUCCGGUAUACGGAUCUCCUGAAUACAGAUCAACAUGUACGCACCCUCCUGACGAACUUUGUGCUGCAAGUUAAGAAGCUCUACCGCGGUAGGGUGCAGACGGACAAUCGAAUUCUCUGGUUGGUCAACAUGCUGAAGCUGUACAAUCUCCUGAAGCAAUAUGGGGGCAUUGAUGAGCACAUCCGGCUAAAUACGGAGACACAGAAUCAGCAGCAAUUGAAGAAUUUUGAUCUGUCAGAGUACCGGCAGGUGAUCUAUGAGACCAUCAUCAGCUUCUACCAGCACAUUGUGAAGCAAGUUGAGGAGCUAAUUAAGCCCUUCAUCGUCCCCGCUAUUCUGGAUCACGAUGAAAUGGCACGCGGGAAGAGUAGCCGAUCCCGUACAGUUUCACUCGAUCUCACCUCGCCGCAGGGACAGACAACAGAGCCUAAAUCCCUCGUAGAUCAGUUGGAGCAUUACUACAAGCAGUUCCGCUUCUUCGGACUCGACGACUGCUACAUUGAGCAGGUGCUGAAGCAACUUGUCUACUACAUCUGUGCCAUUGCCCUGAAUAACCUCAUGCUGCGUCAGGAGCUCUGCAUGUGGGCUACGGGUAUGAAGAUUCGCUACAAUAUCAGCUGCAUCGAGCAAUGGGUGCGCAAAAAUAAGCUCCCCCCAGAGAUUCUGUCGCCCCUUCAGCCGCUCAUUCAGGCCUCAGCAUUGCUGCAAAGUCGGAAGUCCGAGGAGGAUGUUCAGAGCAUUUACGACCUCUGCCCAAGCCUCACGUCAGCUCAAGUUCUCAAAAUAAUCACAUCCUACACGCUCGAUGACUGCGAGAAUCCCAUUCAGCCCAUUUUUAUUGAGAAACUAACGAAGAAGCUCAAGGAAAGAGAGAAGAAUUCACACGAAAACACAACAUUCACGACGGAUGAGAACUUUAUUCAUCCCCUGGCUGUGGUGUACAAACACAGCGAGAUACGUUUAGAGGAAAUUGAAUUGCCGCCCAUUCUCAACUUGGACGGCCUUCUGACCAAGAUUUAAGGAGGAGGAGAGCCGAAAAAGAAUUUAGGGCUCUUUGGACAUGUAGUACUUACGUAAAUGUGGUUUUUACAGACAUUCCAGAUGACUACACCAGUAUGCUUUAAUGGAUCUAUCCAGCCUGAUAAAUUUCCUCAAUUUAGAGAAAAGUGAAGAAAAGUAUUUAAUUUCUUUCAUUUCUCUGCUUUUUCUUAUUGAGAAAUGAAAGAAGAAACAUUCCCCGUAGAUUUUAUGUGCAAUAGAAUAAAAAAUAUUGCAAUAUUAGCAAUGAGAUGUGGUAUAAUAUAGAGAAAUUUACCUUGAUAGAAUGAAAAAAAAAACAAACCCAAACUGUGUUACAAUAUUGUGAGAAAAAAUGCUAAUGAAAGGUAUUUAAAAAAAAAUGAAUAUUUAUCGUUGUUUAGCAAGAAAAGGGAGACAAACUAUUUAUUCACUGUGGUUAGAACUUGAGUAGAUUGUAUUGAAAGAAGAGAGGGAGUACACCACAUACUAUAUUUACACACGCUGUUAAAAUUUGAGAAGAGUUUUGCGGAUAGAGAAAAUAUAUACCUAUAUAUUAUUAUUAUGUAAUUUAUUAGAAUUUCUUCCGAAAUUGUUAAAACAUUCCUUAAAAAAAACCCACAAAAAAUUGUAAAAACAAAAUAAUUUAUUGCUAAUGAAUUUAGGAUUUAAUUUAAAUAAGAAAUGAUGAUGAAUUUGCAAACCUUUUGACCUCUUAUUUUGUACCUCUCAACAAGUAAUACCAAUACCCCUCCCCUCCUUGUAGAAGGACACAUAGAAGAGCAAUUGAAUUGCUUUUCAACCUUCACACGAAUUUUUUUUGUAUCAAUUUAGUUGAUAAAAUUUAGCAAAUAAUUUAUUAAGUUAAUAUGCUUCCUUAAAGAGAACGAAGAGAAAUAAAUCACAAUAAAGACACUUUACUGGAA